CUUCUAUAAAUUAAUUGCAUUGGGAUCAAAAGAUAUAUUGUUUUAGCGAAAUUAUUAGUUUAUCUAGUUAAAAUUUAGUUUGUACAAUCGUAGUUGGGACCAAAGGGUUUUAUUAUUUCAACGAAGUGAUUAAUUUAUCGAGGACUAGUUUCGCUCUGUAAAUCUCGAAAUUUCUCUAAUCUCUUCUCUUUGAUCUCUCAGCAUCUCUUUCUAACAAUGGAAGCCACGGCUUUAACGAAUCACCUAACCUCAACAAUUUCUUCCAUUCAUUUCCAUCCCAAACUUCUUUGAAUUCUCAGUUCUUGUUACCUGCCAAUACUACUACUUGAAUUCUAAACUUUCAAUCUCUAACCCUAGAUCUCAAUUCAAUAGAACUGUUACUGCUUGCGUUGCUUCUGUUAAUGGAGGAGUUGAACAAACUGUCAAAGAUGUUGCUCCAAUCGAAAAUCAACCCUACUGUGAUGGAUAUUAACAAGAUUCGUGAAAUUCUACCUCAUAGGUCUCCAUUUCUAUUGGUAGAUAGAGUGAUCGAAUACAAUGCUGGAGUAUCAGCAGUUGCCAGUUGCAAUUAAGAAUGUAACUAUAAGUGAUAAUUUCUUUGCUGGACAUUUCCCAAAAAGACCAAUCAUGCCUGGAGUUCUCAUAGUCAUAGUUGAGUGGUGGAGCUGAAGAAACUGUCAAAGAUGUUGUUCCAAUUGAAAAUCAUUUUCUUGCAUACCCAAGUGUAAUGGAUAUUAACAAGUUUCGUGAAUUUUACCUCACGGGCUUCCAUUUCUAAUGGUAGAUAGAGUGAUUGAAAACAGUGCUGGAGUAUCAGCAGUUGCAACCAAGAAUGUACAUCAUUUCUUUCCUGGGCAUUUCCCAGAAAGACCAAUUAUGCCUACCUGGAGUUCUCAUGGUUGAGGACCCCCAUUAAUAUGGAAGAAGAUUGAAGUGUAGCUUCUUCGAGGUUUCUCUUGCGAUGAUAACGACUCAAACUCAAUUAUAUCCUUCAAAUUCUCCAGAUCAACCUAUUUGGCCUUUGGGAAUUUCUGCUUCCAUGCACAUGUCUGUAUAAAUCGGAGUUUCUGCCUCAUAAAGGGAAAGUUUCUCAUACUGCUCUCAUCAGACAACACAAAAAUUGUUAAGGAGCAGUAACAUGGUGAUUAAAGAAAGUUUACUUCGCAUUAACAGGCUCUUGAGAGGCAAGCAAAUUAGUGCAUCACAAACGCUGAUAGGCAGGAAUUACGGGUGGCAUCGUGCACCAUUACGAAGCAGAACUACAAGUCCGCAAGCGUCAAUAUUGAUACAAAGAACAAUUGAACAUCUUGCCGCUGAUAACGAAAAAGGUAACCAAGAAGUUGUGGUUACAGUUUCUUAUGGACCCCUUUACCAUAACCAGGAGAGCCCUGCAUGGAAGACAACCAAGGAAGUGGCGUGGAAUCAUCUUUGCAGAACAACUAGUAGUAUUACUAGGGCUUUAAGAGAAAGCGACAUAUAUAAACUUUAUGUUGCUGCAGUGAGAAAGGUGCAGAAUGAAGGUUUAGAUCGUUAUUAUAAGGAUGGUGAGGGAACCAUCCAUCACCUCAGUGAGAAUGAAUAUCUACAUAUGAUGAUUUAUGAUGGCUGUUUUUUGUUGCAAUUGAUUUUGUUUGUUCUUGGUCGAGAGAAAAAACUCAAGCACAUUGUAGAUCAUCCGGUAUUUGGGCAACUUGAGGGUGACAAAGUAUCCAUGAUAAGAGAUGCAGUUUCAUCUAUAUUUGUGGUAGGUAACCAAGUUCCUCUUGUAGUUCUUCAGGCAUUGAUGAAACAAAGUUUCUUUCAGGAAGUUGUUAAUGGUGGGAUAUGGGAACAACCAAUGGACCUGGAAAGGUGGGUCUUAUUUGAGCUCAUGUUGGUUCCUUCUUUUAUGGAUAGCUCAAAAUCUGCAGUAGAAGUCGUAGCAAUUCCAACUGCCUCUCUAGCUGAAUACAUGCACAGCCGAAGAACUGGAGGUAACUCGCAUGCAAUUCAAAGUAGGUUUUCCGAAACCAAAAAGAAAGUCGCUUUAAAAGAUGCCCCGAUUGACCUCCUUCACGGGCUUUGGUUGUUAGUGACAGGUUCAUCUCAAAAUCCCAAAAAGGAUGGUUCCAUUGGAUAUUUUUAUGCAGGAUUUGAAGAUGAAUAUAUUUAUGCAGGAGAAGAUGAUAGUACAAGUAGAAGUGACCAUAUAUGCGAUGUUGUCCGUCAAACAGUAAGAAGUGCUACAGAGCUUAAAGAAGAAGGCAUCGUUUUUCAGUGUAAUGAAGGCGCAAGGAUUGAUGGAAUUAAGUUCAAGCAAGUUAUGUUCAAUGCGACUCUAAUCAUCCCUCGCCUCAUGGUAGAUUCUGAGCAACAUCUUUACAUGUUGUUCAGUAACUUGAUCAGAUACGAAAUUACACACUUUGGGCAGAACCAGCGUAAAGUGUGUGAAUAUCUACAGUUGAUGCGUGAACUCAUUCAAUCAGCAGACAAUGUCAAAGUCCUUGCUGCAAGUGGAGUAAUUAUUGUGGAUCCCAAUCUGGAGGAAAAGAUUCCACUUCUUUUUCGAGAUUUACCUAUUCCAAAGGUGAUGAGAAGCCAUGGUGGUAGUCUGAGACGGGUUAGAGAUGAACUCAAUAGUUAUACUCGACCUAGUGCAUUUAAGAAGUUCGGUGAAGUGCUUACCAUUGUGGUGAUUCUUAGUCUAAUUCAAACUGUGUACACUAUGCUUAGCAUUCAUUUAAAGAAGUAGAUGAACAGAUUGUUUCAUUCAUUCAUUUAUUUGUAAUAAGUGGCCAGUGAACAAGGCCUUCUGUGUUACAGAGGUAGAUGAACCGAUUAUUUUGUGAUUUUUACUAAUUUUAUUUGUAUGAUUGGCCAGUGAAGGAGGCUAUUUUUGUUUAAGGAAGUUGAUAAAAAUAUUAUUUUUGUUUCUUGUAUAA